UGAGACUUGUCAAAUUAUUCAUACUUACUUUGUGCAUAACACUAGAAAUGGCUUUGGUGAACACAUUACUAGUUGUGGCUUUCUGUUGGUUUUUGGUAGUCGAGGCCAGCCCCAAGACGGAAAGCCUUGACAAGCACAACCAGUUGAGGGAAAAACACGGCUCUCCACCACUGACACUGGACGACAAGCUAACGCGUGAAUGUGAGAGACAUGCGAGAGAGCUGGUCGACAAAGGAGAAGUGGAUCAGUCAAGAGAUACAGUAAAUUACGGUGAAAACUUGUGCCACCGAUUUAAAGAUCCCGAGAAAUGUGUUCAAGAUUGGUACGAUGAAAUCAAAUAUUACGAUUUUAGCAAGCCUGGGUUUGACAUGAAAACAUCCCAUUUUACCGCCUUGGUGUGGAAAAAAACUGAAAAAAUGGGUCAUGGCCAAGCCAGAGAUCGACUUGGAGGCACCUUCGUAGUAGUGCGAUAUUAUCCACCAGGAAAUGUGAAUGGGGAGUUCAAAAAAAAUGUUCCAAGGCCCAUCGAUGGAAAGGAUAGCUCCAACCUACCUCAAGUCGAUGCCAUUCUCGUCCUACUUGCGUUCUGCCUGCACUUCAAAAUUUAAGCCCACAUGUGUUUUGCUUUCCUCAAACCUUUUUCGGUUGUACAUUUGUAGUUUAUUUAAAAUUAAUACAUUUAUUAUUGUAAAUGUAUUAUUUAUAUAUUAAUACAUGUUUUAAUUUUAAAUACUAAAA